AUGCCGUUGUACGAGAUCGAGCACUGCGUUCCUCUCAGCAGGGCCGAGCGGGAUGAGCUGGCGCGGGCCAUCACGGAGGUACACACGCGGAAAUUCUCGACGCCGAGUCUCUUUGUCAAUAUCAAAUUCACGAGCACCGAGGUUGCGGAGGAUGACGAGGAGAAGCGUCGUGUGCAUUUAUAUAUCGCCGGGAAAGAGCGAUCCGUCAAUCGAAUCCUAGGCUUUGUUCGAGGCGGAGGACCUCGCACGCCGACUCAUCUGGGAGAGCUGGCGCAGCAGAUACAAGAUGCGUGGGAUCGAAUCAUCAACAACGGUGAAAAGAAGAAAGCAGGACAUGACGCGCCUCGAGAAUUGAAAGUGGUCGCUAUCGUCGGGUCCCUCGCUGCAGGCAUAGAGAACGGGUUCCUUCUUCCUCCGGCUGGGGAAGAUGCCGCCUGGCUGAAAACCCACCGAGCCGACUUUGAGAAACUGGCUGCCACGGGAGAUCCAGACUUCACUGGCCUCGUGGAGGAGAUGCGGACCAGGGAGGAUCUCGUGCGGGAGUUGGAGAAGAGCGCCUAA